AUGAAAUAUUCAUCAGCUACUCUUGUUGAUGGAAUAGUAACGUUGUCUUUAUCACGUAGUGCAUCAAUUUCAGUAUUAGAUCGGUUUUUAACUAAUAAUACACAAAUUCAAUUAAAAAUUUUUUGUCAUGAAUCAUCUAAUGAUAUAAAGAAAACUCAAAGUCAAAUAAAAGUUGAAAUACGUGGUCGAAUUGGUCGUAUUGUUGGAUGUUUACCAUUACAAUCGGAUGCAUCUGUAGCAACAAAUCAAUUAACAUCAAACGAUAGUAGAGAUGCACAAAAUUUAUUACAAACGUUUUAUGAUAAUUUAUGGAAACAGAUGGAACAAAAAACAUUUACAAUGCAACAAGUUAAUUGUGAAAAUUCAAUAGAAUUAAAUGUUGAUGAAUAUAGCAAUAUAAAAGGACCAGAAAAAGCUGCCGAAUUUUUAAAACAAGGGCAUGAACAAAUGACUACAAAUCAACGUAAGAUAAAAUAUAUAUAUAUAUUUUUUUUAAAGUAAAUUUUAAAUUGAAUACUUUAGAAAA